GGCAGCUUUCACACUCCAAAAAAAAAAACAGACAGAAGCAGUUUUCAGGUUAGAUCCGAUCCUCUCCGAUCAUCUCUUCAUCAUUCGAUAAUCGCUAGAUCCCUCCUCAUAAAUCGUAAUCGUGCAUCAGAUCAUCGGCUGUAAUAGCUAUUCAUAUUCGUUCGUUGAAUCUCAAAGUUGAGAUUCGAAGAAAAAAUGUCGAACAUAGACAUUGAAGGGAUACUGAAGGAGCUGCCUAACGAUGGGAGGACUCCGAAGACGAAGAUCGUUUGCACUCUAGGUCCUGCGUCUCGCUCUGUUCCUAUGAUUGAGAAGCUUCUCAAAGCGGGAAUGAAUGUUGCUCGUUUCAACUUCUCUCACGGUAGCCAUGAGUACCAUCAGGAGACUCUUGACAAUCUCCGCGCCGCUAUGCAGAAUACAGGCAUCCUCGCUGCUGUUAUGCUUGACACAAAGGGGCCUGAGAUUCGAACCGGUUUCUUGAAAGAUGGGAACCCUAUACAGCUUAAGGAAGGCCAGGAGAUAACUAUCAGCACCGAUUACGAGAUCAAGGGCGAUGAGAAAACGAUUUCCAUGAGCUACAAGAAGCUGCCGGUGGAUGUGCAGCCAGGACAUACCAUACUAUGUGCUGAUGGAAGCAUAAGUCUAGCUGUACUGUCAUGCGAUCCGAAGUCUGGAACCGUACGAUGUCGAUGUGAAAACACAGCGAUGCUGGGGGAAAGAAAGAACGUGAAUCUCCCCGGUGUUGUUGUUGAUCUCCCCACGUUGACUGAGAAGGAUGUUGAAGACAUUCUUAAAUGGGGUGUUCCAAACAAAAUCGACAUGAUUGCUCUGUCGUUUGUUCGCAAAGGAUCGGAUCUUGUUAAUGUCAGGAAAGUACUUGGAUCACAUUCCAAGAGUAUAAUGUUGAUGUCCAAGGUUGAGAACCAGGAAGGAGUGCUGAACUUCGACGAGAUCUUGCGUGAAACAGAUGCAUUCAUGGUUGCUCGUGGAGAUCUCGGGAUGGAGAUACCGAUAGAGAAGAUCUUCUUGGCUCAAAAGAUGAUGAUCUACAAGUGUAACCUCGCUGGUAAACCGGUGGUCACAGCCACUCAAAUGCUCGAGUCUAUGAUCAAAUCGCCACGUCCCACACGAGCCGAAGCCACUGACGUGGCAAACGCGGUUCUGGACGGCACAGACUGCGUCAUGCUCAGCGGUGAAAGCGCUGCAGGAGCCUUCCCUGAGAUAGCAGUGAAAACAAUGGCUAAAAUCUGCAUAGAAGCAGAAUCGUCGCUUGACUACAACACAAUCUUCAAGGAGAUGAUUAGAGCGACUCCACUUCCAAUGAGCACGCUGGAGAGUCUUGCAUCAUCCGCCGUAAGAACAGCAAACAAAGCCAGGGCCAAACUCAUCAUCGUGUUGACAAGAGGAGGUACAACGGCCAAGCUGGUGGCUAAGUAUAGACCGGCUGUUCCUAUUCUCUCGGUGGUUGUUCCGGUUUUCACCAGCGACACGUUUAAUUGGAGCUGCAGCGAUGAGUCACCGGCCAGGCAUAGUUUGAUAUAUAGAGGUUUGAUUCCGGUAUUGGCUGAAGGAUCUGCAAAAGCGACUGAUAAUGAAUCUACAGAGGAGAUUAUUGAGUCUGCUUUGAAGCAGGCGACUGAGAAAGGACUGUGUAACCAUGGUGAUGCUGUGGUGGCUCUGCACCGUAUUGGAGCUGCCUCUGUUAUCAAGAUCUGUGUGGUCAAGUGAUUUUUUGGUCAAAUCAAUAUCAUCAUCUUCUCAAGGUUUAUGUUCCAGGGUGAAAUAAAGAACAGGAAACAGGUGUUCCGAAAAUGUUUUGGGUUUUUGUUUGCAUUUCUUCUCUUUUACUACUUUUAGUUUAUAAGAUUUUUUAUGAAUGCAUGCACUUAUUGUUAUAGUUUAUUUAACUAAACAAAUACCACUUUAUCAUAUUUUUAACACGAGCCUUUCUAAUUA